AUGGAUUUACUUCACGGUAAGGGUUGUUGUUGGUAGAGGGAAUAUGUAAUUUCCUCUCCUACUUCUUUUUCAUAGUUAAUGUACAGUGAUACACUAUCUUAAUACGUGGUAAACAAUUGUCGUUAGAUGUGUUUUAUAUUGUAAGGGUUUCAAUAUGGUCAAAAAUUUUGUAUGUAGAAUUGGCUUUUUUGCCCACUUUUUGUUUAUUUCAACAUUUUUUCUGUGUAAUUCUUGACCAAAACUGAUAUUGUGAUAAGUUGUGCUACUACGUCUGUAAGUAUUUACUCUUUUACAUUACUAUGGCUUAAUUACUGUUUAUUACAGAUCAUACCACGUAAUAUUAGAUUAAGGAACUAUAUAGUAUAAUGAUGACAUGCGAGAUUACUAUGUCAUUAAGUGUUUGAGUUAAUUGUGGGUAAUUUGUACAAGUACUUGAUAGUACGAGUUCAGAUGAGAGUGGUAUGUUGUCGAUUACUUUGACCUUUUGUACAUAUGUUGUGUUAUUGUUAAAAUAAUUAUACUUUACUCAGUAAUAUCAAAGUAAUUUAGUUUUAAUUUGUCUAAUUACGGUCAAAAAGUUACCAGAACUACCGUAAUUUUUAGUUUUUCAUAUAAAUCGGACCAAAGGAUACAAUUUUGUUUUCAAAUGUUAACUUUUACUUUGGAAUAACAAUGCAUCCUUAAUGUCCUCUUUUUUUACUUUGCCAUUUAUAAUUGUUUUGCGUGAUUUACACAAUGCCAUUUUACUGCAACGGUAUACUGUAACUCUCGUACGUACUGUAAUUCUAGUCAAAAUUUUUCGCCAACACGUUCGAACGAAACUGCCUUCAACGGCGUCUACAUCAUCUGCCUACAGUUCCGGAGUUACGGGCGACGAGGAAGAGAGGACGGGGAAGGAGGAGGCGGCAGACGUACGGCACAACUACAUCUACACUGGCAGUAAUGUAAGAUUACAUUUUUGGUUUAUUACUGUAAAAUGUUGUACUGUAAGGUGAUAAUUUACAAUAGUUUUGUUUUAUCACUGUUUUACUUUAUUAUCAUUUAGGCUGUUUUAUGUUAAACUAAAGUAUAUAUAGGAAAAAAUGUAAUUAUUACAUAAUUAUAUUUAAUCUAUCUAGUUAUUGUACAUUUAAAUUUGUUUUGAUUACACGUAGCUUACCUAUAAGAAGGUGGUAAUUCGGGAAGAGUCGCUAAUCUGUUGUUGUCAUUACUUUCAAGUUGACGAUGUCUGUCCUCAAUUAGGAUCCUUGUUGAGGUGGGGGCCUCGAGGGAUUCGAAUGAGGCCAAAUUGGGCCAGGUCUCAUUACGGCCAUCUUCAGAGCAGUCCGACGACACCUUUCCGCCGAGCCGACUCCGAUCUUCAGCUGCGCAGACACGUCCAUCCAGCCGGCUUCACCGAUUUGUUUUACAGCGAACGAAGUAAGUGUUGUUAUAUAUAAGUCAGGUAUUGUCAUUGGGAGGGGUUCUGAAAUGUAUUGUCAUUGGGAAGGUAAUGUCGCGAUAUAUUUUAAUUUAAAAGUUUGGCUUUGAAAGUGCUUGAAUGUAAUGUCACAUGUAAAAACAGGCGUAGGUUCAGUAGAAUCAAAUUUUAAUGUAAAAAUAACUUUUAUUGCACUAUCGUGUUGGCUUGUACAAACUCGUUGCUGACAAUAAAUCGUCGCCAGUUUUAUUUAUGAUUUAAAGAAUCAGAUUUUGCGUUAAAAAUAUUAAAAAAUAAUUUAAAAUUUUUUGUUGGUUUUUGAAGCGCAAAAGUAAAAGAUAUGACAGUUUAACUUGGAAUUGACUACUGUGUUAUAAAACGUUAAUUUUUAAAAUCAUUUUUUUUGAAGAAUGGAGUUUUACUGCGGAAGUAAGCACUUUAAAAAGUUUUUUUAAAAUAAUUUUCAGUUUUUCAUAUAAAGUGGACUAAAAAUAAAUAUAAUAUCCAGCACAAGUGCUAUACCUAUAAUAUUAAGUAUGAAGUCAUUAAACGUUUAUUUAUAAUACUUAUUACACUUUAACAUAGAUAAUCUCAAUACUUUUACAAAAAAACUUACUUUAUAGUCAACUUUAUAUCUACUAUAACAUAAAUAUAUGAUAAAUACUAUAAUAUACUUUGCAGUAUCGCGACAGUCUUCCAACGCUUCAUUUUUGCCUGAAAUCAGCUCCAACCGCUCCAGUCCACUAUUCACCAUUCCAGCACAGACUAGCUCGAUUCUGAGGCGUGGCUCGGGUCCACGGCUAGCCAAUGGGACGACUGUCAGGACAAACGGCAAGUCUAAUGGUACUCUGGUACGCAAGAAGGGACCCUACUCGACGUCGUUUGACUAUCAGAACGGUGCUCCCAAUGGGAUUGUAAAUGGUACCGUGAACGGGACCAAAAGUAAUGGAAAGAGUGCUAGUAGGUUGUUUGAUUGCUUUAUUAUGAUGUUUUUAUAUUAUUUUAGGUCUUAUUUUUGUUAAUAACGUAUGUUGUAGUAUAUCACAGUAUAUUAUGGUAUGUAUGUGAUUUUAACCUUACUUUACUGUGUAGGAUUUCUAAAGUGGUCUAUUGAAAGUGUUGUCUAUAAUAUCUUCUUGUCUUCAUUUCUCAAUUACAUGUACAACAAUGUAAACGGUGAUACAUUACUCAGUAACGACAUGUGUCGUAGUAAUACUACAAAACCGUUAUUGUUGUUAAUCUGACAGUAAUUGCAGCUAACAGAUUAUGUUUAGGUAAGAACAAGCUGCUGCGUCACGCUUCGACCACUUCUGCCUCUUCGGUUACGUUUAAUCUCGCUGAUGACCCGAACAUUGACGCCAAACACAGACACAUACGGACAUUACCGCCCAUCGUCAACCGAGGUAAACAGCUAUAUUUACUCUGUAGUUCGUAGACGUGCCCGUAAUGAUGACAUCCUGGGAGUAUUUUUAGGUAUUAUGUGUUUAUUUGAGUAUUAUGUAUGAGUAUGCACAUGUUUGGAAGUGGCAUUCUGGCCAAAAUAUAUCUUUUCGGGGUUGGGAUUGUAAGAUGUGAAGAUACGAAGUAGGGAAUAUGUUGAUAAUGGUAUUAUAACUUUUUAAAAGUAAAUUUGGUAGAUAAGUUAAGUAUAUUAACUAUAGUACCAUAAUCAGAAAAUUCAGAAUCCAGUCAUCGCACUUCUUCCAAGAGCUCUAAAAGCCCAUCGUCGCGUCGCAGUUCGUCGCUGAGUCGAGUCGGUAGCCAGUCCAGAAGCUCGUUCCGUGAGCAGGCUGUGAAGAGAGCGACAGAACACUUUGACAGUGCCAGAAGUCAGGAAGUCGCUGUUCAGACAGAACUGAGUAAUCUGGUGCUGCUGGAGGAUGAGAGACUAUUGGAAGAGGAGAGGCUGCUAGAGGAGGAAGAGAGACUGCGGAGAGAGGAGAGACUGAUAGAAGAAGAGGAAGACGACGACUAUCCUGAGCAACAUCCGCAACUUCAGCAACAUUUGCAACAAAAGGAGACGGAAGUAAAUGUAGGUUAAUGUUGAGUAUGAGAAGGUUCAGGAGUAGAACGGUUAGGUCAAAAAAUAAGCAGAAAAAUGAGUUAUUAUAUAUACAUGUCUAUAGAUAUAUGUAUAGGUAUACUACAUAUCUUUACAUAAUUUACUACACUUGUCGUCUCUAUUAAAGAUGAUGUGGUCCAUGUCAUUUAUUUUAUGCCAUGGUUAACCUCGUCUGACGUACGCAAAUUGUAUCUUUCGAUGUAUGUUACAACCUUACUUUACACCGGAAAUAUGCAAAUGUAAUAAGCGUGACCGCGGGUUUCGUGACGGUCGAUUAAGUUACAGUUUGCCAUAUUACUUUUGACAAAUACUACUUGAUGGUGGUGACAUAGUAGUCUUGUUUAAUAUUACUUUUUUGGUAUAUUAUGAUAGAUAUGGGUCGUAUCUUAACGUAUAAUUAUAUGUUGUUGUUUAUUUCUAACGUAUAAUUAUACUUUGAACGAUGUUUUAACAUAGAUUGUUUUGUUUUAGAUAUUAAAAAUUUAAUUUUUGGCCAUAUUUAGCAUUAAUUUUUACUUUAUGAUGCUACUUCGUAUCAUAGUCGUAUUUUCAGAUCCUUGACAACAAUAACAGCGCUGUGAAUUCGACAGGUGAGUGUAACAUGUCAUAAACAACGUAGAACAUGGUGACAACUAGUUACUAUGUAUGGGUAGAUGCAUGUUAGUUCGGUUAUUUUGAUGUAUAUACGAUUACUUUGCUGUAUUCGUAUGUCUUUUUGCUGCUCUUUUGGUAUUUUUUUCUAUGAUUUGAUAAGGGAUGGUCAAGUGUUUUUUGUGCUUUUAACAUCAAAGUAAUUGUUGUACUUUGCUGUAAUUACUACGACAGCUUCUUGCAACAGUAAUUGUCAAAUCAUCUUUUAAAGUUGUCAUGAUGACAAUUAUUUAAUGUCAUGACGAUUGUGUUAUUUCUGCAAAUUAGCCUCGGGCACUGUUUUGUUUACCUUGGCUGUCAUUUGCAUAUUCGGAAGGCUUAGAAUUUCGUAUCUUGUUGUGCACUCUUUUACCAUUAAAAUACCCAAAAACACUUGGAAAUUCGAGUACUGAAAGACGAGCACGAACACAAUUUAUAUGUUUUUGCAUUUAAAGUACUCGCGGUUCGAAAGUCUUUUCCAUCUCGUAUAACAAUAUGGCUUUUGGCUUGUUUUAAUACCUAAAUAGCUACAGUAUUAGUUGUCUAGAUAUUGGAAUAGUGCUAGGAGGUAUAUAUCUUGGUAUUUACGCGGGUAUUACUUGGUAUGUAGGUAUGUUAGUUAGUGUUAUCUUACAGUAUCUAUUAUAAUUUAGAAGAUAAAGUUACAGUAUGACAAUUCACAGUAAUCUACGUCUUUAAACUUGACGUUUUAUAAAGAACGACAGUUUUAAAAUGUCAAAAGUUACAGUAGUCUGACACUAUAAGUGCAGGGAUUCCGAGUCAAGAUGGUCGUAUGUUGGGUUUACCGUGGUAAAAACAAGUAUUCUAGGGCCUUAUUUUUGUUUUCCGACACGGCACUCUUCUUCUUCCACUAAUACUUAACUUGUUUUCGUUCUUGGCUAGCGAUGUGUACUCGUAUUUGAUGAUCCUACGGAAUGUCUUCGAUGGUAACUUUUGCCAUUGUAACAUAAUGUUUGGUUUUGGUAUUAUAAGAGGAAAACUGCAACUUUUAUUAUUGUAACUUAAGGUAUGGUAUCGUUUUACGAUCUUGUGUUAGGUACUGUAUGUUAUUAAUAAGAUAUGAAGGAAGGUUUUAUUAUUUGACUUGUAUUCUACUGUAUAAAGUACUUAUUCAAAUUGUGCCACCUUUGUAUAAAUAGGUAGCUAUCAACAGUGUUUGUCGUUUAAUGUUAUCAAUUAGUAUAAUUUAUCUUAUCAGUGUUUUAAAGUAUAUCCGAGUAAUUGUAAAGCCAAUUAUACCGUCUAGCAUCAGAACCUGGUCCCCCGCCCCGUAGCACGUGAUGUCGUGACACUCUCGAUUAAUUAAUUACCUUGACAUUUCUCGGUUUUUAUGGUUCAGCCAGUCGCUUUUCUGCAAUUCUUUUUAAUUUUAUUAAAAUUGUCGCGGUCUCAGAGGUUUCCCCAAAGCGACCCGACACUAAACUGAUCUUGAAAGUAGACUGGUUUAUUCAGUACGCGACCGGGCUUUUAUACCGGUCGCUAAACAAGUACAACAAGAGAUAUGCAAAUCAGUAGAAGUACAAUGUAUCAGUUCUUCUGGCGUGGGAUUCAGUCUUAGCUUUGGCACGUAGGCGAUCAGCAUUUCUAUUCUGUGACGCUAGCGAGCGGUCGUUCCCGAACAAAAAUUCUAAAGCUUGGGCCAUAAAUCGCUGUGUCUGGCUGAGAUUCUGCGCACUUUUUGACCAGUAAUUUGAUUAAUUUCGAAUAUUUUAAAGUUUUUUAAAUUUAAAUUUUAAAAUUUUGGUAAAAUUUAAUUUGUGAAAAUUUAAAUUUCGAAAGCGAACUGGCUAGCCUUAAUCAAUAAAAUGGCCGGAAAUGCUGUUGCCAAUUAAUGUGUCCCCAAGAAUGCCUCAAGACAUAAACGAGGACUUCUAAUUAUGGGUUCAAGAGGGCGGAACGGCUUCUUGCCUCAGCGUGCUUGCUUCACAAAGUUUCGGCUUCUAAAUUACUCGAAAAUGACUUUUUUAUAGGUUGAGGUACGUUUACAUGUAGAUUGGGGUAUGUCUACACGUACAUUGGGGUAUGCCUACAUGUACAUUACAUUAACAUUUAUACGGUUAAUGGUAAACAUGUGUUUCACUACUUUGUAAUAGAAAGCAACAUAUUUGGUUGUUCAAAUAAUUCUGUGCUCCCUAACCUCGAAAAUUUGCUUUGAGAGAGAGCUCAGAAUUAUCUAAACAACCUAAUAUUACACCAGAAGGCUUGUUUCUAUGGAUUUGUUGACUACAAUGAGUACAGUUGUAAAUGUAGAGCAGAAAAGUAUGUAAACUAUCGACGAUAUAAAUAUAGACACCUACACGUUCAUGUAUUGUAUGUUUAUAUCAUGUAUGUCUCAUCACCAUAUGUUUAUCGUGGUAUCGACGUUCUUAUUGGGUUAAUGCGCGGUUUAAUUCUGGCGGCGACAAAACAAUGUUAGAACGGAGUUGUUUGCAAAAUGGAUAUACAUCUUGGCUUUGGCGUUAUUUUGACGUUUUUCCGCAUUUCCUGUUUGGCGCCACUUUUCAUGGCCUCGGGGCAUGAUGCCUUUCAAUUUCCUUUUGUCUUAAGUGGACUGGACUGGGGGUUUAAGUACUAUCACGUUUGCUUUGGGGUUACUCCGCUUUUCAGUAUUUUAUCAUUUUUUUUAUUUAAAAGUUUAAACUUUAAAAUAUUUUUAAAUUUAAAAGAGUUCGAACUCCAGAGACAAUUUUUGAAUUUUGUGUUUACAGAUUCAGACUUUGCUUGUGUAAAUUUGUUUUCGAGUAAAGUUAAAUUGUUAUUUCUUAACAUUGUGUAUUCCGGAGGCCAAACCGACCCGAAUACCAUUUAAAGGCCACGUUAUGCUAAUUCCCUUUUAAUCGUGUUAUUUAUGACAAAAGAAAGGCAAUGUCAUCUAGAGAUGUCAUCUUUAAGUUACAAUGUCCUUUCUUUAUGCCUUAGGGUCUAAAUGUCAUUUUGUUUUCGAAAGUUAUUAGUUUGGUCUGAAAGUAGGUAGAACGUUUUUUAAAUUUGAAAAGUUUUGGUAGUUCUAUUUACUUUUGGACCAAAAUUAUUUUUUAUUAUUUAUUGCUUAUUCUUCAUGUGUAAACCAUGAUUGUUUCGAACCUUUAAAUGUGCUGUUUUAUGUCAUUUCUUGCGGCCAAUAGUUAAGUAUGUCAUCAUUUAUAAUGUCUUUUGUCUGGAACCCUAACUCUGCCAUCUUAUUUAUACUUAAUGUGUCGUUUUUAUGUUCAAAAGUUACAUAUUUGACUCUACACACUGUCUCCCACCCCAUCAUCAUUCACUGCUCACAUAACCUUCCCCCCCCCCCCUUUACUGCCACCAUCUUCACAGCCAAACUUGAAAUGUCAUAUUUUAUGAAAUGUCAUGUUCUAUGCCAACCGAACGUUUAUUACCAAAGUACAUGAAGGGAAGCGGUCUUCGGCCCCUUUUAUUACCAGAUGUCAUCUCAUUCUGUCGCGUUUCAGAGCAGAAGAAAGCCAAAAGUCAGUGGAUCGAGCGACUCUUCAACGAGCGAACCGACUGGCUAGGGGCCGAGGACUGGGCUUUGGUCGAGGUGGGGGAAAACAGUCAAGCGAUGGUCGACGAGAGCGAGCUAGUCCAGCUGAAUGUGGGCGGCCGAAGCUUUGCGACGACGAAAGGCACACUUCUGAACAGAGAGCCGGAUUCGUUUUUUGGGCUACUAAUUCAGGUAAUAUUUUUUAAAAAUACUUUUUUUGGAAUUUGGUACUGGGAAGCUGCGAAGCAUACCUGAGGUUUACUGUAGUCACUAUCUUAAUAGCGAGUUACCAUAACGUGUCUUUAACUCUCAUGACUACAAUACCUUUUUUAGACAGACGAUCUAACAGCAUUGCCAGACCAUUGGCGGCAAGUUGUGUGUAGAUUAGACGCUUCAUCGUUCUUCGUCGACCGUGAUGGAGAACUGUUCGCUUUCGUAUUGGACUACCUGAGGAACGGUAAGAUUCUGCUGCCAGAACGCUUCAAAGAAGUGGCACGUCUUAAGGAAGAAGCCCUGUUCUAUCAGAUCAACGGCCUAGUACAACAACUGGCACCAUACUACAGCCUCAAGUACCCCAGCAAAAACGGAGUCUACAGUAAUGGGGUCGGGAAUACUGUACUCGAAAAUGGUAAUUUUUUAUUUUGAAAAGAUGGUUUUGGUUCAAAAAUGAAUUUUUAAGUACCAAUAUUAGAUUACUAGGUCUUAAGUAGUACAAGAGACAUCUUUUAAGGUAAAAUUUAAGUUAUUUUAGAUUAAACUAUAAGUUAUGUACUAUAAAAUUCAAUUUUCGUACUGCAAAACUACCUUUAUUUUGUUUAAAAAUCCAAAUUUGACUAGAACGUUACUCUGAAAGUAAAAUGUUUGUGCGAAGUAAAGGCUGGGCGAGACUCUCGAUGUGCCAUAUAAAACUCAAUUAAAAGAUGGAACUCGAGAUUGUCGUACUAUUAAGUUUCUUAAGUUUGUCAUUAAAUUGCAGUAGGCUGUGGUGGGAGUAGACUUUACUUUCAAUGCUAUUAACUACUCUGUAAAUUGUUUUCAAGUAGUCUGAAACAAUAUCGACUACACGGUUUGUUAAUCUAUAAGUAUUACUGUCAUAUUAUCAUUCUAAGUCAUUUUUCGAAGUAUCUUUGACAUGUCGUAUGACAAAGGUUGUCAAACAACAUACGAAUACGAAGGUCAGUUACUGUAAAUUUUAUUACAAAAAUAGUUAAUAGCUACCAACCUGCAACUCUCAGAACUAACUAAAAAUUUUUAUACGGAUUCUUUGUAGUACCAGUAGCACAUAUAAAAAAUCUUAGCUUGCGGUUUUAAGUUUUAAAAUUAAUAUAUUUAAAUUUCCCGACAAUUUGGCAACUUUAGCAUUCUGUUGCAAGCACUUUUUUUGAUGUUCCAGAUAAGAGGCUUACAAAUUUAAAAUUGCAGGUUUAUUUGAAGCUUUUCUAUCAUUAUAUUAAAGAAAAAAAAGCUAAAAAGUCAAAAACUGACAGUUAAAAGCUUGCAACACUAUGCCAAGUUGGCGGGAAAUUCAAAACGCGAUUUUUUGAUCUCGGUUUUCUCAAGAGUUGCCGCAAACCGCAACUUAGAAUUUUGCAUAAGAUCUUACAUUUACGUGAUCUUUCAAUAAAAAAAGUUUGAACAAAAUCUGAGCGUUGCAGGUCGGGUACCUUCCUUGUAAAUUACAUUAGUAUUACCACUAUACUAACCUUUAGUUACUGUAAAUUUUGUAUUAAUAUAUUACGUUAGCCAGGGUGUAAUGUAAUAUACUGAGACAGUAACGUUUUUACCAUGUCCUUAUGGUAGUAUAGUAUUAUGUUUACUGUGACAAUAACGCUUCUGACUAAAAGUCAUUUUUCAAAAAUUAAAAAAACUUUGGCGAUAUACGACCAUCACUCACACGACGCAUUAGAUAUGUCGUUAAGAGGGGGGGGGGAGGGUUAAAGAAAGUAAUUGCCGAAAAUUUAAAAAAGGAUUAUUUGAUUAAUGGACAUUAUAAUCGAGUCCCGAGGGAAUAAAAGCUUCUUUCAGUAAAUAUACAGAUACUGAGGAACAAAUAUAUUGUUGUAAAAGAGUAGUUGGACUGAGAGGAUAUUGAUAUAGAUAUAUCAACAAAACUGACAUAAUAAUGAAGCGACUCGUCUUUAUGCAUUCGAAAGUAUUGUUUUAUGAAGUCGAAAGACGGAAACGACAUUCGAAUGUAUUCUGCGAAGGAAACUGUCGAGGGAAUUAAGCUGCUGCCUGCGCGGCUACUUCAUACGAUAAAACAUGUUCAGAUAAAAUUUUUUUUAAACAUCAAACUUCAUAAAAAAUUAAAAAAAAACAUUUAAUUUAAUUAAUAAAACUUCAUUUUAGGAGGCUUUAUCACUCUCGGGUAUCGCGGCACUUUCGCUUUUGGCCGCGACGGUCAGGCUGACGUCAAGUUCCGGAAGUUACAUCGUAUAUUGGUAUGCGGCAAGGCGGCGUUAUGUCGCGAAGUGUUUGGCGACACUCUGAACGAAAGUCGAGAUCCAGAUCGUGAAGGCAUCGAGCGCUACACGUCGCGGCUCUACUUGAAACACCAAUGUCUCGAGAGGGUACGGUAACUUUAAUUACGAUUGCGUGAGAUACGAUAGAGCGGAAGUGAAAUGUUUGAUGAAUAAAACUGUUUUAGACAUUAAGGGCGACCUACUAUAGUAUGUUUUGAAGUUAAGUAAAUAUUCGUUUAGUGAUUAGUAAAAGGAGUGGAAGGUACAGUAAUGAUAUGACAUUACUUUAGGCAUGCGAUCAUUUGGCAGAAAAAGGCUUCAAACUGGUCACGUCGUGCUCAAGUGGAGCCAAUGGUCUAGCGACGCCCACUCCGAAUCAGACAAAUCAAACACAGCAGGUAAGAGACUUUGUCUUAUGUUUGUCAUUGCACGCUUUGGUACUGUAACAUUCAAGAUUUGUGUGUGAAAAUGGCUUCAUUCACGGUUUGCAGUCACUGAGACAGCAAGCUUAGAGCACAAACUAAUCGUACUCAUUUUGACAGUUUUUCUAAGUUUGCACGCUUUUAGAUAACAUUGUACAUUAUAGUAUAGUAAUUACUACGUUUACAUUUGUAAGGUAAUGAUUACUAUGUUUACAUUUACAAUGUAAUGAUUACUAUGCUUUUAAAUGAUAAUGUAACUCUUGCUUACAUUAUCUUCUCGGUUUUACUCUGAACUGGCACUCGUAGUCAAAAAUGUCGAAUGUUACAGUAGUCUGAGCUGGACCCGUCUCCGGAGAGUAUUUCCAUCGUAUGUCUGUGUACGUCAUGUGGUAUACGUGCUGUCGUGCUUGGCCUUUACUUUUCGUUUUACUUUGGCAGCUUCUGUUCUAGCAUGUCGUACCUUUCGUACUGUUGGUAAUGCUGAUCUAGUACGAGUGUCCACAGUACGGCACAAGGUAUAAUAUAACAGUAUUUGGUCUUAUUAGACAGAUUUUUAUAAUUUUAAUGAGCAUUUCUACAAACUUUUUGACCAAAGAGCUACAAAAUUCUGUUCAAUUACUAUACUGUGGGCCCUCGUACUGUCCGUCGUACUGUUUUUGUGGAUUUUUAACCCGUAACUUUGAGUAGAACGUGAAGACGACUGGCUCCGGCUCUUCUUCCGUGGCUUCGACUUUAAGUGGCGGUGUUCGCAGAGCACGUACGACCCUAAACAUCUGGACCGGCAGUACCAAAGAGGGCAUGGAGGGAGAACUGAUCCACCCGCGACCGCAUGUAAGACUUUUUGGUACUGUCUCAAAUUGGUACCGUCUGGUACACUUCUCUUCCGGCUGUCUCCGAAUCGACCGAAGUUUUGGCGUGGUUUGGCUUCGGUCGAUCAGGGACAGCUACCGAUUGAAAGGGUGGCAGUAGAGGGUGUAUAUGAUUCAAGGGUUCAUGUAUUAUGAUACACUUUAAUAUACAAAAGUAGAUGACAUUGCACAUGACACUCUCUACCACCGCCCCUUUGAAUACAUAUUGUCCGAUACCCGUUUUCGUACUAUUGCUCGAGUGGUUUCUUUUCUUUGACUCUCACCGUGCCCAUCGUUCUUGGCUUUCCGUGAGAUGAUUUCAUUUUUCUGAGUUUGCUCAAUGUCUAAUACCAUUAACCCUGAGUGUGUCGUACUGUAUAUCGCCGUCUGACAAUCAUUUCCAGGAACUUAUGAACCAACGCAACUCGGGCGACUUCGAGGAACAGCGGUGGGCACAUUACACCGAGUACGUCUUCUACCGAGAGCCUCAGUUCGCCUUCGCCGCCAGUCCAAACACGUCGCCCAGGAACUAA